AUGCCGCAGACCUCAUUGACGGCAUGGCUCAGCAAGCCAGCUGCACUACAGCCACCAGCGCCGGCGAAGCUGCCGCCACAGCGUGUAACGAAAGAUGACCUUGGAGAACACGACGGCAGUGCGCCGGACACUGUCAGAAACUCCUUGAACGCAUCAGAAUAUGCGCAGGCGGAUGCAGCCAGCAACACCACGGCGAGAGCUAGACGGCCACUGCCACCAAAUGUUGAACUACGCGCCUGCGCGAAGGAGGAUAUCCCUCACUUCAAGCGCCUGAACAGCCUUCUACUCCCUAUCCCAUACCAUGAGAAAUUCUAUCGCGAGAUCAUCGAGGAUCCUCUAACGAGCAACAUCACUCUGGUCGCGGUCUGGCACGACGAUCCUGCGAAUGCCGGAAAGCAGAAAGGCAGGCUCGUGGGAGCGAUCCGAUGCCGUAUCCUGGCUCAUCCGCCGUCAGACGGUCCAACGUCUCCAGCACGAAAGGCAGGGCCCAUGCUUUACCUGAGUACUCUUGUUCUUCUGUCGCCUUACAGAAGUCACGGCAUCGCCACCGAAAUGCUUAAUAUCCUGACCAAGCGUGCUAUCCAAGUACAUGGCGUUACCAGCGUUGGAGCGCAUGUCUGGAAAGCGAAUACUGAUGGACUUGAGUGGUACCGCAAGCGUGGAUUUCGAGUGGUCGGAAAGGAGGAUGGAUACUAUCGACGUCUCAAGCCUACCACUGCUAUCGUGAUGCAGAGGGAUGUCGGAGUUAUGGAUUUCAUGGAAGGCUGA